UAAUACAUACCACACUUACCCUCAACUCAACCACCCUAUUCACCUAUGAGAACCAUGAGCUUGUCCACUUGAUCAAUAAUCUCAACUGCUCAGAAAUAAUAUCCCAAGAAUUGGGGCUAGUGAAUUCGUCCAAGACCUUGGUGGGAUCUAUCCCUAUUACAACUGGAUCUAGAGUAACCAAUACCAGAUUACUCCUUUACUUCAUGAAGAAGGUUUUCUCCAAUAGUGAUGGAAGUAGUGAUUUGAUAACGGUAGUUGUCAUAUCACACUAUAACGUUUCCAAAACUUUGAUCUUGACUAUUUUGAAGAAGAUUACUGAUAAGUACAUUGACUUCAAGAAGGAGCUUGGAAGUGGAAACGACCCUAACCAACAAGAGCAGGCCAAGGUACGGUUGGGAGAGUUUAAGCUCUACAUGACUCAGAUCAUAAAGGUAGAGGAGAUGAAUUUCGACUCAAAUCAAUCGUCCUAUAGAUAUGGUUCGACUGAUGAGGGAGACGAUGCAAAUGAUUCCAUCAAUCCGAAUCAAUUGUUACUCGCAAAUGAAGAAGUAGAUGAAGUUAGGCUGUUGAUGUUAGAUAACAUCAACAAGUUGUUAAGCAGGGGUGACAAAAUCAAUCGCUUAGUGGAUCAAACGGAUAGACUCACUACAUCCUCGCUGGUGUUUCAAAAGAAGGCACAGCAGAUAAAAAGAAACAUGUGGAUCGGCAAGACCAAGUUUUAUUUAGCUUUGGGGGGUGGAAUUGCCCUACUCUUCUACUUAUUAUUGGGAUCACUGUGUGGCUUCCCACUUUUUAGUCAUUGUAUCGGUCAUAAUUGAUUAGAUUGCCUAGACCACUCAUUAUUACCCAGCAGUGUAUUCCUUGAAAUCGAGAAGUAAGUAAGGAGCCUCUGAUUAAUUGAAUCCAGAAGAAUAUGCAGACUGCUUUCAUUUAUGAACACCAUAUAUCAUUUUUGUCUAUUAUAUUCACUUAGUUGCGCUUUAAUCAAUCCUGUUUUGUAGGUCAAAU